AUGGCUACGUCAGACUUUUCCGUCAUGAUCGGCCAGCCAACGCUCGUUGCUCCAGAGACUCUGACGCCUCAUGAAUUCAAGUACUUAUCGAACAUCGAUGACCAAAUGGGCCUCUGUAAUCACAUUCCGUUCAUCCAUGUCUACCGCGGGCCUCAAAACGGACCAGGCUGUGACUCUGGACCAAUUAUACGUCAAACUCUGUCUCGGACUCUGGUUCACUAUUAUCCAUUAGUAGGGCGGCUGAGGAACGGAGUGAAGGAAAAGCUAGUGGUAGAGUACAUCGGAGAGGGCAUGGUUUACAGAGACGCGGAUGUAGAUGUUACGAUCAAACUGCUAUGCGAAGCCACCGGGGGCAUCCGAUCGACCUACUAUGGUGCCGCUGUGGUCUUCCCGUGCGCCAUAACUGACGCCAGCGACCUCGGACGACCGUUGAAGACAGCCGACAAUCAAAUCACAGCCUCAAAAAGCGUCAAGUCAAACGACGAGUAUAGGUCAUCAACGGUUGACUUUAUGGAGGUCAACAAGAGGAGGGGGUUCUACAGGGGGCUGGCGGCGUUCGUGGUCUCUGACAUGAGCAGGUUGAGGUUUGCUGCUGUGGACUUUGGGUGGGGUCAAGGGAUCUAUGGUGGGCGCGCGAGGGCUGGCACUGGGGCUGUGCCGUGGAUGCUGAAGCAGAGCUUAAAAGCUUUCCUUGGCAUUCCAAAACUGAAUCUGGAAAAGUAA